AUGCUGCGAUACGGUACAAUAAUUGCCUUUGGCGCUAAGGCAAGCUUAGGAACCGCUGUCGCUAUGGCUUUUCAGCAGCGUGCAUGGCUAAUCGCCCGCCAUAAGAUGGCGCGUCUCGAAACAGUUGAUGCGGUAUUCACAUCCAAUAGCGACAUCUUUUCCCUCUUGACAUGGUCCUCUAUCAAGAACUCUAAGAUCGGAACCCUGCUAGCUCUCUAUUGUUGGAUCACACCAUUAUUGGUGGUUCUCACAGCUGAGACACUGGCUGUCGUGGCCGGAGUCACGGAGGAGCUAGUGUCGUGUCCAUCUGUCCGAACGCUAAACUUUGACAAUGAGGCCAACUUUGAUUGGCGUGAGAGACCAGUUGUGCAUGGUCAGACACUCAAAUCUGUAUCGCAUUUCAACACUACUGGUUUAAACACGAAGCCCAAAGACUUCAACUCGACGCAUUUUGACUAUUUGAACGCGGCGAGUUCCAUGUAUACGUCUGUUGUGUCGAAUAAGGCGGUCUUCAUGCGUGAACCCCUUGUGAGAGAUGAGUCGGCAGAAGAGGUAUGCUCCGACGGCUGGAACUGCACGUAUGUUGUUGACUUCCUGGCACCUGGGUACAAAUGUGAAGAGUUGGCUUCUGGUGUUGGUUCGAAGGUGAAGAAGCUUGGUGACGCUGAGGCGCCUUUCAAUACCUCGAUUCUUGCGCCAGAAGGGUCAUAUACCUUCAUUUCCAUGGCGGCCAGGGAGAACUACACCACAUAUAGUUGGGCACGGCCCGAGAAUUUAGGUGUCUUCAAGAAUGAGCCCAUCAUAUGGGUCGGCUAUGCAACCGUCAAAGACAUAAACAAACCACAACCAAGAAAGAAGGAGGAUAAGAGCUGGGACAAAGCAUAUACGCCCAUUAUCUUUGGCUGUGAACAUUACGAGGUCAACUACACUGUCCGAUUUGACUACGUCAGAGGUGCUCAGUCAUACACGAUAACAAACCACAUCGAAGAAGCUGUCGAUUCCCGAAAGUAA